AUGCAGCUCCUAAAUCAGUCUCAUUACCUUCAUCAUCCAAGAACCCGUCUAGUUCUUCUCUUGAUUAUUCCUGAUACAAGGGAGUCUGAUCCUAAGAGGAUAAAGGGAAUGGGUCUUUUAGAUAAAGCAUUUCAGAAUGAAGCUAGGGAACAAUGUGAUGGUGAGGUAGCUAGAAUGUUCUACAAAGCUGAAUGCAUAAAAGAGGUGGGACAUGAGAAUGUGGUUCAGGUUGUCACCGACAACACUUCAAACUGUGUAAAAGCUGGUUCACUUAUUUCAGCCAAUUUUCCUACUAUCUUUUGGACACCAUGUGUGGUACAUACAUUGAACCUUGCUUUGAAAAACAUCUGUUCACCAUCAAUGGCCACAAGAAACAAUGAAGAUGUGUAUGAAGCUUGUUCUUGGAUAAAGUCUAUAAGUGAAGAUGUGACUUGGAUCAAGAAUUUCAUUAUGAAUCAUGGAAUGAGGCUUGUACUUGUCACUGAACAAUGUGACCUUAAGCUCCUCACGAUAGCUUCUAACAGGUUUGCCUCCACAGUUGUAAUGUUGAAACGAUUCAAAAAAAUAAAAACUGGUUUACAACAAAUUGUAAUCAGUCCUAAAUGGGAUGAUUAUAAAGAAGAUGGUGUGGGUAGAGCAUCUGCAGUGAAGCAAAAGAUAUUAAAUGAGAUAUUUUGGGAUGGUAUUGAGUAUGCUUUAUCUUUUACUCUGCCUAUCUAUAGUGUUAUUAGAGCUGCUGAUACUGAUAAACCUUCCCUUCAUCUAGUCUAUGAAUGGUGGGAUAGUAUGAUUCAAGAUGUGAAGAAGGCUAUUUUAAAAAAAGAAAGAAAACAAUUUGAUGGUGAUUCUGUUUUUUGGAAUGCUAUUCGUUCUAUUUUGACAUCUCGAUGGAGCAAAAGCAACACUCCUCUUCAUUGUAUGGCACACUCUCUAAACCCCAGGUUUAUUUUAGAACCUUUGAGAUGGUGGGCAGUUCAUGGUUCUUCAGCACCAACACUCCAAGCCUUAGCGUUUAAGUUGCUUGGACAACCCUCUUCAUCCUCAUGUUGCGAAAGGAAUUCGAGUACUUACAAAUUUAUACACUCUGCAACAAGAAACAAAAUUGUUCCACAAAGAGCUGAAGAUUUGGUAUUUGUGCACACUAACCUUCGUCUUUUAUCAAGAAAGAAGUCUGCUUAUAAAGAAGGUCCUAAUCAUAUGUGGGAUGUAGGAGGUGAUCAAUUUGAUUCUUUGGAUGAGAUUAAUCUAGAGAGACUUGAGUUUGCAGAUCUUUCUCUUGAUGAACCAGAGUUAGAGGAAGUUGUGUUUGGUAGAGUUGAUGAAGACAAGAAUGAUGAAGACGGUCUCGACCAGUGA